AUGCCGCCGAAGGCAAGAACCGCGGUUUCAAAGGCCGCUCCGUCUGAGAAGACGGCUGCUGCUGCGAAGCCCGCCAAGUCUCAGGCGAAGACCACCGCGGCCAAGCCGCUCACCAACGGCAACACAUCCUCUAGAAAGCGCAAAGCGGAGGAUGAGGCCUCGCCGCAGCCCGAGCUCGACGCCGUCGCGCCUCUGCCGAAGAAGACCAAGACCGAGGCAGCUGCUGCGAAAACCAAGGCGAAGAAGCUCUUUCCCGAAAUCGGCAAGAAGAUUAACGAUGCGCCGACUCAAGUCCUCGAUAUCUACGUCUUUGGAGAAGGCACCUCCGGCGAGCUCGGCCUGGGCAGCAAGCGCGUAAAUGGAAAGAAGCCUAUCGAUGUCAAGCGCCCGCGACUGAACGACAACCUGUCUUCGGACUCCGUCGGCAUCGUCCAGAUUUCGUCUGGUGGCAUGCACGCCGCCGCUCUCACUCGCGACAACAGAAUCCUGACCUGGGGCGUCAACGACCAGGGCGCUCUGGGACGAGACACCACCUGGGAGGGUGGCCUUCGUGACCUGGAGAAGGAAGAGGACUCUGAUGACGAGGACGAGGAUGAUACCGGCAUCAACCCGAACGAGAGCACGCCGACGGCCGUCUCCAACGAGCAUUUUGCGCCCGGAACCAAGUUUGUCCAGGUUGUUGCCAGCGACAGCGCCACCUUUGCCCUGACGGAAGACGGACGUGUCUACGGCUGGGGAACCUUCCGGUCGAGCGAUGGCAUCCUGGGCUUCACCGAGAAAAUCAAAGUGCAGCAGACGCCCAUGCUGCUCCCGACUUUGAAGAACAUUAAGGGGCUCUCGGCCGGCUCAAACCACAUCCUGGCCCUCGACCAUAAGGGUAACGUUGUUGCCUGGGGCUGCGGCCAGCAGAACCAGCUUGGCAGACGCAUCAUCGAGCGCAACAAGCUGUCUUCGUUGAUCCCUCAGGGUAUCGGCCUGCCUCGUGGCAAGACAGUCAAAAUUGCGUGUGGCGCCUAUCAUAGUUUCGCCCUUGAUAAGAACGGCCACGUCUGGGGCUGGGGGCUUAACAACUUUGGAGAGCUCGGCCUGCAGUCCAACGCCGGAGAAGACGACGCUGUUGUCUUGAAGCCCGCCAAAAUCUCGUACCUUGAGGACUACAACAUUACCGACAUCGACGGUGGCGUUCACCACUCUCUCGCAUGCUCGGACAAGGGCGAGCUGCUUACGUGGGGCCGCGUUGACGGAUACCAAGUCGGCUUUGAGUUUGACAAGCUCACAAAGGACGAUGUCAUCUACGAUGAGCGAGACAGCCCUCGCAUCUUGGUCAAGCCGGCCGUUGUUCCGGAUGUUGCCAAUAUUACGUCUGUUGCUUCUGGCUCGGACAAUAGCUUUGCAGUUACUGGCGACGGCAAGGUGUACUCUUGGGGCUUCUCCGCCAACUACCAGACCGGCCAGGGCACGAUUGAUGAUAUCAAGACGCCCACUUUGAUCGACAACUCGGCUAUUCGCGGCAAGAAGAUCAUCGGCGCUCAUGCUGGUGGACAAUUCUCCAUCCUUGUGGGCGUGGCUGAUGCCGCUCCAAAGGUUAACGGCGUGAACGGCGCGUAA